CAGUCCAUUUUCAGUCUUGGCUGAGUUACUGAACGUACAAGUCCUCGUAUUUUUUGUGUGUUUAACUUUAUCGUUUUUUUCCUUUUAAGUUCUUUUACAUACUAGGAAUGACGAACCAGAGUCAGGGUAUUCAACAGCUAUUGGCUGCUGAAAAGGUUGCAGCGGAUAAAGUUGGAGAGGCCAGAAAGCGUAAAACUCGCCGACUCAAGCAAGCCAAGGAUGAAGCCACCGAAGAAAUCGAGAAAUAUCGUCAGGAACGUGAACGACAAUUCAAGGACUUUGAAAUCCAGCAUGUAGGCUCACGAGAAGGUGUUGCCAACCGUAUCGACAAAGAUGCUAAACUAAAAUUGGAAGAAAUGACCCGUGCCUUAGCGUCGAACAAGGAGGCUGUUAUUAAGGAUGUACUUAGAUUGGUGUACGAUAUUGAGCCAAAAUUGCACAAAAAUUACCGUCAAUAGGACCGAAACCAAUUUACAAGAUUGUGUUUCCGGUUUGUUGGCUUAUUCGUUUUCGGUCUGUGUAAAUAAUUAAUGAAACGUAAAGCUUAAAUUAUGCGGGCUAUUAACUAAAAAAAUUAAUGGAAAAGUAUUAACGCAUCUGCGCAAUAUAUUUACAAAAAAAGAAAAGGUUUUGUUGAAUCAUUCCAUAGUCAAUUAAACAAUCCGAACAAAAA